AUGGUUCCCCGGGCCCUCGCCGAUGUGGCUAAUAUCCAACCUAGGGGGUCUACUUGGACUAACGAAGGCAGUAACGACACAUCCCAAGCACCGAUAUCAACCUGCGAUACGGGAAGAAUCAGUAACUGGACAGACGCAAGUGCAACGGGUGGGUACAUGGAUCAAUGGUACUGCAACAGGAUAGUAGACAUAAUCAAUUCCGAGGUCUCCCCGGCCGGCUACUGGGCCGUCACCAACAACUAUGGCGACCCCUUCGUAGAGCUGCUCUCCUCCCACGAUAAGUGCUACUGCAGUGUCGCCAGGGUUGACGGUCUUAGUGGGCGAUUCAAGGUGGGAAAUCAGGAUUUGGUGAACUUCAUCACCCAGGCUAUCGACGAGGUCGGCAGGUCUGGGCAGAUGCACGGCGAGCUGGGAACAACGACGUGCAGCAGCGCCGAAGGGGGAGACAAGGAUAGUGCCUUGGUCGCUUUCAAAAUCAGCCUGCAUCCGCCAGGUUCUUCGUCGGCGUCCAGUCGGCACUUUGGCAGUGGCAGCGGUGGGCUGGCUCGGGUUGCACUUGGGCUCCUGGUUUGUGGCUUGGUCCUGCAUAUAUCUUGA